GAGACUUUCUAACUUUCUAUACGUCAUGGUAGAGAAAUCAUCAUGUCAGGCCGGCCUGACAAGAAGAGUUCUCAACAUGUAAUACUAAAAAUGUUUGAUGGGAGAGUUUUCUAGAAAACACAGCAUUUCCUCCUUACUGGAAGGAUGUACCUUAUAUGUAUUGGAUUGGUUGAUCGAAGGAAGAGGUGGAUAUCUGGAAACUAACCCUUCAUCCUUAGUCCUUACUUGAGCACAAUUUCAUUGCACCUGGUUGUAGAAUUGCCGGUUUGAGCUACUCAACAACCAUGGACAUGAUCAUUAGAGAAGUUUUCUCUGUCAUUGUUUCUGCGGCCAAGGGUUUGGACAGAAGUCAGGAAUCAGGAUGCUGUGAUAUUGAGAGUUCAGAAAGCUCGAACACGCCUUUAUCCAACCAAAAUCUCCAAGGAUGGUUCCGUAAUGGAAUGGGAGAUGAUGGUCCAGGGAGGUCAACUGUGUUGAAGAUCGCUCUACAGGCCCACCUUUUAGACAGUGAACAAGCCUACCAUAUGGUCAAACAAGUCAGUCGUGAAGGAGGGCUUUAUGCCAACCUAUUCACAGCUCACCCUCCAUUCCAGAUAGAUGCUAACUUUGGCCAGCUUCAGUGCAGGAAUAUCAGAAAUACUGGUCCAGAGCAGCAUGACAGAUUUAUACUUGCUACCUGCCCUUCUUCAAGAUAUAUGGUCAAAUAGGUAGUGUCAAGGGCUUGAAAGCCUGCAGGGGCUUGACAUUCAGCAUCUGCUGGAAUGGAGGGGACAUUCAACAAGUUCUCUUUUGGUCAAAUGAUCACAAUACUGUUACAAGAUUACAUUAUAAUAGAAUUACUGUCACAAUACACACUAUCUCGGGAAGAGUCUACACAUUCAACAAGGAGCUGAAAUGUGUGAACACUGAAAAAAGGGCCCUUUUCACCCUAGUCAGUACAACUUUUCCUCAUAAUUAUGAACUUCUAUACAAGGAACUGGUUUUUAUUGUGACUUUAUUUGCAUUUUCAU